AUGGAAACGGUGACAAGCGUGCUAGGUAUCACAGGUAGCAAAGUGGCCCUACCAUGCAACAUCACACCACCUGUUCAAGACGACGCGGUGGCUCUCAUCCUCUGGUACAAAGACGAUAUCACGAAGCCUAUCUACAGCGUGGAUGCACGGAAGACUAGCAUUGACCAGGCGAGGCACGUCACAGGUCACGCCGUGUCCAGUCGGGUGAGCCUCAGUCUGGACGACACCCCUUCCAUGCUGUACCUCGAGAAUCUCACCGAAGAGGACGAAGGGGAGUACAGGUGUAGAGUGGACUUCAGGAGAGCCAGAAGUCGAAACGGAAUUGUUUUCUUGCAGUUAGUCGUGCCUCCUAAAAAGCCGAUCAUCACGGAUCAAAACGGAGAGAUAUUGGAGAGCCUGAUUGGCCCUUACAACGAAGGGGACAAUCUGCAUCUCAUAUGUGAAGCGGAAGAAGGCAAGCCCCUCCCGUCUGUGACAUGGUGGCGCGAGUCGGUGCUGUUGGACGACACGUACACCGUGACGCCCCACGGGGUGGUGCGAAACGAGCUGGAAAUCCUGUCCCUGAAGCGCCACGAUCUGAUGGCAGUCUUCACGUGCCAGGCCUCCAACAAUAACUUCUCCCAGCCUGCCGUGGCAGCGGUGACAGUCGACAUGAACUGUAAGUACCGCUGA